AUGUAUAUGGUUUUUAUUUUUGUAGUUUGUGUUUGUCCUAAAAAUACACUACCGUAUUUUCGAUUAACUGAAUUCAUAUUAUUGGAAAAUCAUACUGGAUUUGUUAUUGAUGAUAUUAAAUCUAUUCUUAAUUAUAUGCCUGCUCUAACUAAAUCAACAUUAAGUAUUCGCGAUAUACAUGAUCUAAUAUUUUGUCAAGGUCCUAAAUUAGAAUCCAUAUUAAAUGAAUAUUUACCACAUCUUUGUCAUUUUAAUUAUACAAUGACGCAUAGAAUUAAUGAUUCGAAAUCAAUUGAAAAUUUUAUUCAAUAG